UCCAAAAGUUAUUGGGCCGGCUCAGCCCAGUUCAUCAUCGGGAUUUCCGGACUGAAAUCUCAUUGCAAGUUGCAAUUUCGCGCAGGAACGGAUCAUCGUUUUCCCUGCUCCCGCGUUGGACAUACAAAACUGAGCUUCCGAUCGUUGUGACCGCUUCGCUUGCACUGUUUUCCGGCCACGGAAUCCUUCUGCCUGUAAUUUUAUUAACUUCUUCGUUGUGUCGAGGUUGCUGGUCAAGUUUCGUAAACGAAUAACAAGCAUACAUCAAAACCGGCGGUGCCGGCGUUCUCAAUGGCCUCGACAAUCAAAGCCUACUCCGUGCCGUUGAUUCUCUUUUCCGUAGCCGUGUUUUAUCAGCUUGUUGUUAUUCCUACCUCCUUUCCUACCUCACAUUACGACGUUUUGGGAAUUAAGAGGUUUAGUCCCGUUGAUGAAGUGAAAGAAGCAUACGAAAAGCUCUCAGUCAAGUGGGAUCCAGGACUUGAAGUUCCCAAGGCUGUCGAUUUUAUAAAGGUUCAAUAUGCUUAUGAAUUGCUAAAAAAUAAUUUAUGGAAACGUAAUUAUGAUCUUUUUGGCAUCGAUGAACAACAGGGUGUUCUUGAAAAGGUCAAAGUGCAAUAUGCAGGAAAAAAGUUUUCAGAAAUAAGUCUUCCAUUGUUAGAUGAAGUUGAUUUAAAUACUGAAGACCACAACCUUAAUUUCAUUACAUCCAAUGAUGUUCGAUCUUUAUUUAAUCAUGAUAAGGCAUCAGUAAUUAUGUUGUAUUCAUUUGGAAGCAAACUCUGCGCCCAAUUUUCUGAUGUUUGGAAAAGAAUUGUUACUUUGCUGGAUGGAGUUGCUAAUACUGCAGUAGUGGAGCUUGGUGAAGCUCAACUUGCUGCUUACUUUGCAGAGAAAAAGCCUACUGGACAACCGUUCUUUAGGAACGGACUACCAUCACUUGUUGCCUUUCCUCUCGGUUGUAAAUCAGUUGAUUGCAUUAAUAGGUUCGAUGGGGAGCUUUCUGCUGAUGAUAUUACAGAUUGGGUUGCAACAACUGUACUGCAUCUACCUCGAAUUCUUUACUACUCAAAGGACACAUUGGGACAAAACUUUUUGGCAAAGAGUAGUCCCCACAAGGUCAAAGUUAUUAUUUUCUCAGAAACUGGAGAACGUGCUGUACCAUUCAUACGUCAAACUGCUAAGAACUACUGGGAUUCAGUUUCAUUUGCAUUUGUGCUUUGGCGAGAAGAGGAUUCAUCUGUCUGGUUGGAUGCGUUUGGGGUGGAAUUUGCACCUGCUAUGAUAUUCUUGAAAGAUCCAGGGGUGAAGCCUAUUGUGCACCAUGGCUCUAUCAACAGUACCUCAUUUGUACAGCUUAUUGAACAGAAUAAACAACAAGCAAUUCCUCAAUUAAGAAGUCGGACAUCAAUGGAGCUGGGAUGCGAUGCUCGUGGUUAUUCUCGUGCUGGAUCUGAAACAUUGACGUGGUACUGUGCUAUUAUAGCUGGAAGACUGGGUACAGAACUCAACAAAAUGCGUGAAACAAUACGCAGGGUUAAAGAAACUUUAACUACUGAUAGUGAAGCUUACGAAGCUGAUGAAGGCCCAAUGGUAUCUCCAGCUGCAGUUGCACUAAAAAACAAACGUUUGUCCUUCACUUGGCUUGAUGGUGAAGCCCAAAAGAAAUAUUGUUUCUUUUACAUCAGUUCUGAAUCUAGCUAUGAAACUUGUGGACCAAGGAGAGAUCUCAGUGAUGUGCCUCGAUUAUUUAUUGUGCGGUAUAAAAGGGAUGCAACUAAAGCAAAGGAGAUAAAGCCAAGAAGUUUGUUUGAUACAUCGUCCGAGGAUCUGGAUCUUGCCGCACAGCUCGUGGCCCUUUACAAUGGUUCAUCUGAGAUUUCAGAGAUUGUUCAGUGGAUCUCUAAAAUAAUCGACGAUGGCGAUUCAAAGGAUCUACCCUUUUAUAGAGUGAAGUCUCCUGAACUCGUUCUUGAAGAUCCGGAGCCUAUGAGGUUUGGACGUGCUGGGAGUAGUUUUAUAGACAAUGUGUUGAAGUGGAUUGCACACAUCAAAGUUGCAAUCUAUGACCGCCUAGACGACCCAAGAAUUGGUCCAGUCUUUUUUCUUGCUUCGUUAUUGUCCUUCGGCACAAUAUGGCUGAGGAAGUCUCAACCCACUCUCCCAUCGCGACCAGCUAGGCAACCAGACCUCCCAAAUGAAUCCACUCAACCAAGUCAACCAUCUGCUAAGGAAGGAAGCAAAGCUAGAAGAAGAAACCGUUCAAGAACCGCAUCAGAAGGUGACAUACCUCCUUCCAUCACUGAUUUUGAGCCUCCAAAUGCUUAUCAGAUGCCACAACUUUCAGGUUCUGAUUCUGAAUAGUGAGAUUAUAUUCGGGUCAAGUGAGUCAAACUUCUCGAAUCAUCAAUGGAAGUCCUCAUCAAUUCUUCAUUUUCUCAGAGCCAGUUUCACCUUCAUCAUAGAUUGAAUGAACUAAAUAUUUUGCCAAACCUUCCAUUUAUAGCUUAUAGCAUUAUUUAUUGCAACUUUACCAGCUUCUUUGAGUGUCUAUCUCCAGCUUCUUAUGAAAAGAACACUAGUGAUUUCCUUUUUAUGACCAUGAAUUAAGCAAUGCUUAAAUUAUAUUAUUAUCACAGGUGGCUAAUUUUCCAAUUC